UUGAAUAAAAAUUAACAUCCUGGGUCUCAGGUUCGUGUAUACGAGCGAAUGGGGACAUCUACUGGAUGUAGAGAAGCACUUCGUUUUCCUUCUACAAAACGAGUAAAAGCGAACGCCCCCUAGUAGGCGGGCCUCCAUAACAACAGUGACUAUUCCUCCGAUCAAACACGUCGACUCGACACGGCAAACUACCGGUGAUGCUGAUAACAACAGCCUUCGCUUAUGACAGAGGCUAUAUUGUCCGUUAACGCCAAAUAAACACAAGCCGUAUACCAAAAACAAACUGUUGGAAAGCUUGUGUUAAGAUAAAAUAAGUCGGAAGAUUGGAAUCCAUCAGAAAUCCUCAACGUCUUCUGCACACGCAUUGACGUAAUAACACGCAGUUAAACAAGCUGACGCGCGACUCUCUGUUCAACUGAUUAAAAUCCAGGACUAAAGCUUGAAGACAUGAAACCUAAAACAUGAAAACAUGGCUCUCAACAUUCUUCAGGCACGUAUGACGGUCGGUGAGAUGCAUGGGGAGUGGUGACAAAAGAUUACAAGGCACCUCAGCUCCACAUCCCGCCUUUUUGCCCUUUUUUAUUAUCCGGGAGUGACGUGCUGCCAAGAUGGAUGACUUUUGCUCUUCUCAAAACUACGGGUGACGUCAAGGACACUACGUCCAUGUUUUAUACAGUCUAUGAAUUGGACACCAUGAAAGGGGGGAAUUCAAGGUGUGCGUUCUCUCUGGGCUUUCUGGUGGGCACCUGUACCCUGUACGUCUUCUUGAGGCAGGUGUGGUUUGAGGAGAGCUUCAGCUGGCAGCGUGAUGGCAAGAACCUUACUCCACCAGGGCCAGAGCUAAACAACAACAAUCUUACCCAGAGAGUGGAUGGAUCUGCCCUGAUCAACCUUAAGCUGCCCCACCAGUCAGGAGAGGAUGGUCAUGUUGCAGAUGAGCUAUUUAGGAAUGUGCGUAUCUUGUGCUGGGUGAUGACAGGGCCCAGUAAUCUACAGUCAAAGGCUUGCCAUGUAAAGGCCACAUGGACUCGACACUGUAAUGUAGUGUUGUUCAUGAGCUCCGAAGAAGACCGAAGCUUUCCCACGGUGGGCCUCGGCACUGGAGAAGGCCGUGACCAGCUGUACUGGAAGACUAUUCGAGCCUUCCAUUACGUUCUGAAGAACCACGGUAAUGAUGCAGACUGGUUCCUCAAAGCCGACGAUGACACUUUUGUUGUUGUGGACAACUUGCGCUGGAUCUUGUCCAACUACACAGCAGAUCAGCCCAUCUACUUUGGCAAAAGAUUCAAGCCGUACGCCAAGCAGGGCUACAUGAGCGGCGGAGCGGGUUACGUGCUCAGUAAGGAGGCCCUGAGAAGAUUUGUGGAGGGUUUUAACACUAAAGUUUGCACUCAUACCACCCCAGUGGAGGACCUUGCUAUGGGUCAGUGUUUGGAGAAAAUGGGCGUGCUAGCAGGUGACUCCAGGGACACGAUGCUGCGAGAAACCUUCCAUCCCUUCAUUCCUGAACAUCAUCUUACGGGCAAGUUCUCCAAGACCUUCUGGUACUGGAACUACUGUUUCUAUCCUAUUGUAGAGGGUCCACAGUGCUGCUCCGAUUUAGCAGUGUCUUUUCACUACGUAGACCCUUUGCUAAUGUAUACUCUUGAGUACUACACAUAUCAUUUGAGAGCAUAUGGUUAUCGACAUCGGUAUCAGCCUCCGGAGCCUGCUGUUCUAGACCCACCCUCCCAAACUGUGAAGCCCACCGAAGUACCACAGACAACUGAGGAGCAUGUUUACAAAAAAUCAUCCAACGCAGUGAAGCUCAGAACUGAAGCAAGAAAGACUUUUCAGACUGAGAAACUUACAAAUGGAACACAGAAAGGAAACUCAAUGGACAGUAGCUUAACAUCAAGACAUCAGAGUCAAGAAUAGCUAGGGUCUUCAAUAUGAUCGUGUUUUGAUAUGUGAAUGAAAAUUAAAUUGAAUGUGGCAUUAUUAUGUGCAGUAGGACAACAGUCAAAUAUGGCACUGAAUGAAAUAAAUAGUGAACUUGUGUAGCAUUUUUAUUUAUUAAGACUGUGUACUAAGCAGAUAUAUUUAUACCUGAUACGGUUUGAUUAUUUGGUAAACUACAACUUACCUUACUACAGUAUGUGCUCUGCAGAUUUGUUGAUAAGGUCGCUGAUGCAGUGUAUUUAUUUUUUGGUCUGUUUUAAUAAAUUGCUUUGCUGCCUUGUUUUGGUGUGAGAAC